CACACACCUCAGUCCAGCAGGUUUGCGUGGAAUCUCCAUUCUCACCAGAAACUGCCACGCAAGCCGAGCCACGCCAAUGCAAGCACUUUAUCUCUCACCGCGCGUGACCUGCCAGACGCCGCUCCUCACCGUUGAUAGCGACCCGGGGAGAGAGACUAUGGCACGUCGAUUCUACACUAACAUAUGCCCCAUCAUAGCCUCUCAGACUACGAAACUGUACCCCACGAGAAGCCCAUAGUACAGUACUAAGUAGAGUCCACUGCCAUAAUUGCUAAUCUCUCAGACCUUCUUUCAUCUGAAGAGGCUCACCAUGACACAGGUGUGCCCUGCAGAACUACUCAAGAUCCUCUCCACUUCGUUUGCUGGCUGACUCUGGAUUUAUUCGGCGGUGUCAAUCCACGAAACCUGGAUCCAGAAAACCGUCAGAACAAGAACUCGAUAAUGGACACGGACGAGGAGACUCACUCUUAUACCCAGCAGCUGUCCCGAGGGUCUGGCUCAGUGCCUCUCGGUGCUGUCUGGCGUUCAAAAAAAUCGUACGAUUCCCCACGUGCGGCAGGACCCGGAUCGUCUCGAGGCGCCCUCCAAGGCCAGGAUAAGAUGGUGUGCACCUGGCAUGCCACGCGUUUGCAAACAAGCUUAAAAAUGUGGAUUGUCUUUUGAAGAUCUUGAUGUCUCAAAGAACAUCCAUAGAUGCUUUCUUCAGCAUCGCCGAGGGAUAUGCUGGUGUUGUUGUUGACUCGGAUGAAGUGGCAGAAGAAAAAGGGUGAAGCCCCCCUCGACGACCAAUACUCCUCACGUCUCCCACACCACACAAUACCAACCAAACGCCCCCGGAAAUAUCUUUACUUUCUCCGAAGCUUUCUCUCUCCUUUUCUUCAGGCUUGUAUCAUUGCUUGAAGCGGGUGCCGGUACUGCGUAGCGGGACUAGGCCGGGGCAUGUUUCAAGGUCUUGGGCUUGACGGCCAUCCUUUCUCGAUGCCGCAACCUUCCAUCCGAUUACGCCUGCAUCUCGGUGUCGCAGAGCUGUCCGAGCUCUUGAUGUGCAAUCCCUCCCUGCACCUGUUCGUUUGAGGCUGUCGGCUAGCAGGGAGCUCUGAAUGCAUAUCCGGUAUUGGUGAGGCACCACAAGUCUGAAGCGCUCGUUCGAAGGAAGCGCCUUGUUAGAAACCAGAAAUCCCAUCCAAGAUCGGCAUGGGAUUCUGUGCUACGUGAACAUGGUGUUUGCCGCAGCUGGGCCUUUUGCAACAUCCAACAAGCUCUUGAUGAUUGGCCACACGAGUAUGGAAUCAGCAUUCAACAAGCAUGGGCUAUGGUCUGUAUCUUGGGCCUGCUCGUGCCUCUCUCGAGGUCCCAUGAUGAUCAGCCCGGACAUGACAGCGACCUGGCAUGGUGGUACAUUUACAAUCCACACUCCUUCAAGGACACAUGCCUGGUCGACGUAUCUGAACGAGCACCAAUGUGCUCACUUAUAUUUAGACCUUUCUAGCCGGACAGGGAAUCUGGACAACAGGGUGUGGAACUUUAUUCACUUCGGAUGAUAACUCACGGCCAAGAUGUGAUGUGAUGGUUGAUAACUGCUAGUUUUUCCUAUGACCUAAGCAUACAUAUCCGCUCAAAGCAUGUGUAACCAUUCAGGAGACGGCGGAAUGGAGCACCUACAUACCUCGGUGCGAAGAUUAUCGAUGCAGAAAUGCAAGUUCUGCAAGUCACAGAAUGUGAUGUCAAAGACAAAGAAGCUUGCUGAUUGGUGAUUUGGAAUCGGCAACAUGCGAUGGCCUGGAGUGCUCGCAACGUGCCACACCCCAAAGCUGCCUAGCGGCCCGUGGCAUCUCUCGGAACAAAUCGAAUUCGAUGCUGUCGUUCGAGAUCCCAGCCGUUUAAGCGCCCACGAGGUCUUGGUAUCAGAAUGCCCAUGCCUAAGAAUAGGUCGCGGCCGCGGCCGCCUUCAACAUUGUCUCUCGUCUUCUUUUUGUGAUUUACUCUUUCAAUUUCGGUCAACAACAUCUGUUCUCUGGAGUUUCUCGACAGGUUUGAAUACUUUCAACAUCGACAUUUCUUCAACCGUCCAAACGAACCAACAGCUCGCCAAGCCCAGUGCGGUGACCCCUUUCUCGCCCUUGGCAACAGGGCGUUCUCGACACCCCCUGUCAAAACCGAAACAUCAGGGUCGCCUCCAAGCUCACCCCCGGUCAAAGCGCCUCUAACAGCUUUCGUCUCAACUUCUGCGCGCCUACAGCCACCAACUCCUUGCCAUCUGAUAGCAGGCCUCCCCAGAAUCUCAGAACCUGACACAGCUCGGGCAACCGCGAAACCAUCUCCUACGUCUGAUCUCCAAGCAUCUUCCCCAACUACGCUGCCGUCUUGCCCUCGCCGCCGACCCAUUGCUGCCGCCUUCAACAGCCUGUCUUCUGGCCCCACUACGCGCCUGUCGUUGUACGCUGCUGCCCCCUUCAAAGACAGUUUAGGAGAAUUCAUCUGGAGGAGGCGAGCGAGGUUGCCAGAACCAGUCUAGACGUUUCAGACUUUAACGCCUCUGCUGCUGGAGGAAGUGACUUGUGAGAAGGGCACGGCUUUGGUUGCUGCCGUGACCUCGCCAGGCCCCCUACCCUUGCCCGCCCUCCACUCUGCCUCCACCCUCACCAAGUGGCCCCCUGCUGGACCGCCUGGUGUUUGUGUCCGUGUGCGCUGUGCUAAAGGGUAGUGUUACAUCACAUCUUGGUUCCUUCUUUUUUUCCUUCCCCCUGUUUCCUGGGACCAUCUUUUAUGACCUUCCCACCACCCACUUAUCGCCUGUUUCUUCCCCUUCUCUCCCCCUCUCCUUCGUCGUCUCCCUCAUUCGACGAGGUAAAAGAAACGAGCCCUCCUCCGCGAGCGACUCCCGUUACUGUCCUUCCUUUCACUUCAGCUGCUGGCUCAGAAUCGCUCUUUUAUUCCUUUUUUUUCUUUUUCAUAUAGCAGACUUUUAGUGUUUGUCUUUAUUUGUUCUACUACCGCCGCACUAUCGGGUCUCCUAGUUGGUGGAUAUACAUACACAUCACACGAUUUGGGAGGUGUUAAUAAUCAAGAGGAGGGAAUAGAGGAGAAUAUCAAGGGUGUGAUUUGGACUCGAAAACCACAGCCGCGCCUCAUUCCGCUGCCAGACACAUACCGAAGGCUACAGAGCCCAUAGUCGACGUCACCACGGUCGCAGGUCGACAUCACAACAGAUCCUAUACCUUGAGUGUGUCCUUGUAAUAGGUCAAGAGGGGGAAACCAGUCGUCAAAAUGGGCGGGCUAGUUCCACUGCUGAAGAAGCAGCUCACGGGGUCGAAGAUUCUCUUUCACAUCCUCUUCUGGACGUUCCAUUGGGGCAUCUUCGCCUAUGGAUGGUGGAAGCAAGCAGCUGAUGCCCGUUUGGCGGGUCUCAACACGCUGCAAUACUCUGUGUGGCUUUCUCGUGGUGCUGGUCUAGUAUUGAGUGUGGACGGUAUGCUUAUUCUGCUGCCCGUCUGCAGAACUAUCAUGCGUUUCAUCAGGCCAAAGAUCAAGUUCAUCCCACUCGAUGAGAAUAUCUGGAUGCACAGGCAGCUUGCCUACUCUAUGCUGUUGUUCACCAUCAUCCACACAGCUGCCCAUUACGUCAACUUCUACAAUGUCGAGAAGACCCAGAUUCGUCCUGUAACCGCUGUGCAGAUUCACUACGUUCAGCCCGGUGGUGCCACUGGCCACGUUAUGCUUCUCUGCAUGCUUCUGAUGUACACAACCGCCCAUCACCGCAUCAGACAACAGUCUUUCGAGACCUUCUGGUACACUCACCAUCUGUUCAUCCCAUUUUUCCUCGGUCUGUACACCCACACCGUCGGGUGCUUCGUCCGUGACACAGCCGACGCCAUUUCGCCAUUUGCCGGUGAUGAGUACUGGGAGCACUGCAUUGGUUAUCUUGGCUGGAGAUGGGAGCUCUGGACCGGUGGCUUCUACCUCAUUGAGCGGUUGUACCGUGAGAUUCGUGCCAUCCGUGAGACCAAGAUUACCCGUGUUGUCAAACAUCCGUAUGACGUCGUGGAGAUUCAGUUCAACAAGCCUUCCUUCAAGUACAAGGCUGGCCAGUGGCUCUUCCUCCAGGUUCCUUCCGUCUCCAAGUAUCAGUGGCAUCCGUUUACCAUCACCUCCUGCCCAUACGACCCCUAUGUCUCUGUUCACAUCAGACAGGUUGGUGACUUCACUCGCGAGCUCGGCAACGCUGUCGGCGCUGGCGGCAUCCACGCCAAGCUGUAUGAGGGUGUCGACCCCUUGGGAAUGUACGACGUCGCUCUUGCCAACGGCCAGAAGAUGCCCGCUCUCCGCAUCGACGGCCCCUACGGUGCCCCCGCCGAGGACGUCUUCGAGAACGAAAUCGCCGUUUUGAUCGGUACCGGUAUCGGUGUCACCCCCUGGGCCUCCAUCCUCAAGAACAUCUGGCACUUGCGCAACGGCCCCAACCCCCCCACCCGUCUCCGCCGUGUCGAGUUCAUCUGGGUCUGCAAGGACACCAGCUCCUUCGAGUGGUUCCAGACCCUCCUCCUCUCCCUCGAGGAGCAAUCCGCCGAGGCUGCCCGCGUCCCCGGUUCCAGCGGCGUCGAGUUCCUCAAGAUCCACACUUAUCUCACCCAGAAGCUCGACAUGGACACCACCCAGAACAUUGUGCUUAACUCGGUCGGCAGCUCGGUUGAUCCCCUGACUGAGCUCAAGGCGCGGACAAACUUUGGUCGUCCCAACUUUGGCCGCAUCUUCCAGAGCAUGAGCGAGGGUAUCCAGAACCGGACUUAUCUCAACGGCCUCGAGGGCAACAUGAGGACGACGGUCGGUGUUUAUUUCUGCGGUCCCUCGGCUGCUGCUCGUGACAUCAAGAAGGCGGCCAAGGCUGCCAGCAGCAGUGAGGUGCGCUUCCGGUUCUGGAAGGAGCACUUCUAAAUGUACAUUGACAUUGACCUGACACAUCAAUAAUACGGAAUUUUUCACACCGACACGUCGGCGUACGGGUGUACGAUCGAGGUUUCUGGAUGGGAUUUUGGUGACUGGGCUUUCAGGCGGCAAAACUAUGCUGUCCUCGUGCCGAGGAAAAAGAUACACCAAGUCACACGAGAAACCAAAACUCAAGAAGGGCUACGACAUCACUCACCAAAGAUAACGUCUUCCCUUUUUAUGUCAAUGGAAUUAGGGGAUGGGAACAGAGAUGAUGAAGAUGAUUAAUUUUAGCGGGCACCUUUAUGUGGAUUUUUUUUUAUAUUUGUUUGUUUUUUUAUUCUUCCCAUGGCGCAUCUUUGUUGGAUAUACCUUGUCAAAAUGAAAGUAUAUAUCACGCAUACAUGACCGAAUUGCAAAGCCAAUUUUACAUACCAUACAUGAAAGAAAACAGUGUCUCUGUACAACUUUGCUAAUGAUGAACAUGACAUGUCCAAGACGAAACAAAACGGCCAAGACUUAGCCG